GCUUUUGGAGCAACAUGCCCAGACUCUACUACUGCUGCUGACGCUCCCUCCCUUCUCUUAUGUCCCCCAAAGUGUAUCAUUGCCGGCUCAAAGUGAAAAAAUCGACCUGGAUCAAGCCCGCAGCAUGAAUCGCUUCCACCCCGCCUACAACUACGGCGCCAGUGGCCACCGCCGAACCGCCAACGCCGACCAGGCCACGGCCGACGAUAAGAGGACACGGAAGAGGCCUCGGAAGAUGAGCAUUCUUCGCCCGCAGCCGGCGGUGAUCACGGGCGCGAAUUCACUGAAAUCAAAGAGCAAAUGUAUCAGGACAAAUUGGCCGAGCUGAAAUCGCAGUUGGAGAAACUCCGGCACGGCACCUUACCCGAUUACGUCAAGAAACUCCGCCGAUUGGAGAACCUGUUCAAAGAGCGGAAACGGGUGAACACCAUCAUCCGCGAUCUCGAAGUCGAGAUGGUCGAGCAGGACUUUGUCAACGAAAAAAAGAUGGCGGCCCAAGAGUUUGAGGACCAAAAAGUGUUUCUCCGCGAACAACUCAUCGCGGAACUCGAAGAGAAGCAGAAGAUGAUCGAGUCCGAACGACACACCAUGGAGCUCACGGGCGAUUCCAUGGAGCACAAGCCCAUUUCCACCCGCAAACUCCGACGGCGGGCCAAUGAGCCCUCGGGUUCCGGAGGCUACGGUCCGGGUGAGAAACGUCGUAAGCCUCAGCCGAACGCGGUGAUCAAUCACUUACUGGACGACAACGACAUCUUGGACGAUCUAAAGAUCAUCAACAAGAAUCGUGCAUUUUCGGUAGCCCAGUUGAAUAAGGCCAAUAACUUGGGCUCGUCAAGUAGCACCAGUUCCAACGGAUCGCCGGCCUCACAUCUUCAUCGCGAUACUCGAAUUGAAGACGGGAAAUUGUUUUACGAGAAGCGAUGGUUUCGCCGCGGACAGGCCGUUCAAGUGGAGAAUAAGAACGGUGACAAGUACCCGGGCAUGAUCUCAGCCAUUGCUGGCGAUGCCAUAUCGAUCCGCCGAACCAAUGAGAGUACAAAAACGAGGAUUUAUGUCAACCAAUUGCUGAAAGGCAAAGUCUUGCUCAAACGGAGAGCUUCGUGAACUGGUGGUUUUGAUGGAGCAUCAUUUUUGUUCGUGUGGUCUCGAUUGGUGGAAAUUGGCCACUAUCGUGGCGUUUCUUACUUCUACUAGUAUUACUAUCAUUGUCACCCACUUCUGACAAUGAGAAAGGUAUUUCGACGAGGUAACUAUCUGCCCCAGCCAACCCACGUCAAAAGCGGCUUAUGUUGUGUCCUUUGGUUAUUCGUCGCAAGCAUACACAGUAGAUGGAUCUCAAAAUUAUCUAUCCCACGCAAAAUAAAACCAACAAUACGACUCCAAAACUUGA